AUGUCACCCUCUGAAAGGCGUAAUUCUAAGGUUUGCUCAAAUGCAACACACCAAACUCGGUGCGGAAAUUCGUGGUUCACUGAUUAUAUUUGCCGGGAUGGCAGGGAUGGUAGAGAUGGCCGAAACGGUAAAGAUGGCCGUGAUGGACGCGACGGGAAAAAUGCUGGAGAAAAGGGAGAAAAAGGUGAGCAAGGAGCGCCAGGAAAUGACGGAAUGAGGGGAAUCAAGGGAGAACAAGGUUUGCAAGGAGUGCCAGGAGAUGACAGAAUGAGGGGAAUCAAGGGCCAGAAAGGUGAAUCUGGCUCAUCUUUAACCAGAAAACAUCCUGGGGAUAUUUUUAAGUUCGAUGACGUCCCAGCAUUCAACUGCACUCUGAAUACAGCUGGCACUGUUCGUUAUAAUGUGUCCCAGAAUGCGUUGCAAUUCUGUGACGGUAGAUCGUGGUUGUUUCUGCUUACUGCUCCUGUCGCUGACACCAAGAAAGUCAAGAAAGGUCACGAGUCCCAAAAUCCAGGCCGUCACUGUCUAGAUAUUUUAAAUGCAGGUGACAGUCGUGGUAGCGGACUUUACUGGAUCGAUCCGAACGGUGGCUCAAAAGAUGACUCGUUCCAGGCUUUUUGUGACAUGGACACUAACGGUGGAGGUUGGACACUAGUUGCCACAAAGGUGUCCCCAAGCUUUAACUUUAUCAAAACAGUAUUCUCAACAUCAGCAGCAAAAACCACGGAUGCCGAUGCAGCGAGUCACAUCCACACUGACAUGGGGGACUGGGAAGAGGUCACGUUCCGGUUCAGUAACGUCAGUACCAUCCGGGUUAUUUACAACAGGAAGGCGGGCGAUCCAAAUAAGGACAAAACAGACUUUGACAAGUUCUUAAUGGGGACAACUUACAGUACGAUCAAGAACAUCCACGGGUUUUACAAGUACAGCCCGGCAGAUAAAAACAAGAAAAAUCCUCCAACGACUUUUGCGUCAAUAUCUAGCCUUUACUUCUACGCAAAACGUGGGAUUUCCGAAGUUCACCGACAUGGCACGGACAAGUGGCUUGACAUUUGGGAUACUGAAGAUAACUAUACAGACAACUAUAUAUUCGCCGACGACAACCGCGCACGUGGUACCAAAUGUAUCGCAGGCUACUGUUAUCUGAACAAACCAAUCUGGGUGAUGGUGCGAUAGAAACAAACUGUAGUUGAAAACAAAGAAAAGGCGUUGUUAAGUUUCUGUAAGGUGUUGGGAUUUAAUAAAAAAUGCUGUGUUGCGAAAGCUAACCAAACUGUGUUGUCUUAGUAAUAAGAGCUAAUCAGAAGACUUGAUACUAAUGUCGAUCAUUAUAAAGGAUUACCAUAAUCUCGG